AUGUCGCGCCCCUGCCAGCAACGGCGCGCCAGUGCGGCUGCGAACCGGAAAUCCAGAGGGUCCUCACGCAACGACGACUUUGAUCUCGACAUGGACGGCGACAGUUCCGACUCAGACCAAUUCGGCGAUGAGUUGCUCGACGACGACAUGUAUGAGGCCGAGGAUAUCGAGAUCAACGUGCAGGCGCCACUGCCCACGACCGGCCGGGGAAUACAACCACAAGCGGAUAUAAUGUUUACGGAGGCAGCCGCGGUCGCGGUAUACAGGCAGCUCUAUCUGCGCGAUUACCCACUCAGUACCUCAACUACGCGCGUGCGCUACGGUCUCUACCAGGAGGAUACCUCUGCCGAUUCGGCCGCAUACAUCUCCCUCGCACCAUCCACAGCAUCUCGGCGAUCGAGCGUCAUCAGCAUCAGCAGCGACACAAGCGAAGAGUCCACGGAUGGACCGACAACACCUGAGUACAAUCCGGCACGCGACUACGUCUUCACGUUCGGUAUGCACAAGGGCAAGCGGUUCACCGAUGUGAACGAAAACUACCUCAGAAUGAUCGGUGGUCAGUUAUACAAAUACAGGGACAGAAGACAUGGGGGCCUUUUGGAGGCAUUCGAGUACCACAGGCCGGGGCAGGCACGUCUUCAGCCAGACCACCCUCAACCCCAACAGACACACGCUCAGCUAUCGCAGCCUCCCACACGGAACGCACAAGGGUCUCGAUCGAACGCUCUUUCGGCAUCAGACACAUGGAGAUUCCACAAAGGCAUUCACCUAGGAAAGCGACUCCAUGACGUACCUGAAAACUACCUACGAACGCUAGAGGGCAAUCCCCUCGUCAGAGACGCCUGGCCUGGUUUCAAGCAAGCACUCCAGGACUUCAAUGCCAAGACUGGUAGAAAAGGUCGGGUUUGA